GUGGUUCAUGCUUGAAGUUUUAAUGACAAAGAAUGAGAACAAUAGCCAUGCCUUCAUGAAAAAGAUGACAGAAAACAUCAAGCUCACCCGAGAUGCUCAGUCUCCUGAUGAGCCAAAGGCCAAUGAAAAACUUUAUACAGUAUGUGAUGUAGCACUAUGUGUAAUCAACAGCAAAAGUGCUUUGUGCAACGCAGAUUCACCCAAGGACCCUGUACUGCCAACCAAAUUUUUUACACAACCCGAAAAGGAUUUCUGCAAUGACAAGAAUUACAUUUCAGAAGAGACAAGGGUUGUUCUUUUGACAGGAAAGCCAAAACCAACUGGUGUAUUAGGUACAGUAAACAAACCGUUAUCUGCAACUGGAAGGAGACCGUACAUUAGAACUACAGGAUCGGAGACUGGAAGCAAUCUCAGUGUAAACUCUGAGCUGAGCUCUUCUGCAGGAAACAGGUCAAGGGAACAAAGUUCGGACAUAUCAGAAACUGGAGUCAGUGAAAAUGAUGAAAAUCCCGUGAGGAUUAUUUCAGUCACACCAGCGAAGACAGAACCUGUGAAAAAUAAGGAAAUUAAUUCGGAUCAGGCUACACAAGGAAACAGCACUGAGCGUGGGAAAAAAAGAACAGCAACAGCAUCUGGAACUGAAAAUAUUCAUCAAAAGCCAGAAGAAAAAAAUGUAGAUGAAACAGGACCAUCACUCGCAGCAAAAACCAGGAGAGGGCGUGUAACCAAACCUGAACCUCAGGGUACCACUGCAAAAAAUGAGGAAGCAAAUAAACCACCUGUCAGAGGAAGAAAAAGGGCAGCAGUCAGUCAAGAAAGUUCAGGUAGUUUAGAGGCAGGUAAUGCCAAAGCACCAAAACAGCAAGACACAGCAAAAAAGCCAGCAGCAGCACAAAGACAAAUUGACCUACAAAGGUAAAAAGAAAACUUACUCGAAAAGGGAGGAAAUGAAGGCCAAAUAAAGGCAUGCUCCAAGCUUCUGCAAAAACUAGGAUUCAGAAAUUUCCUGUACAGGAACUGAAAUUACUUCAAAACACACAGCUUUCAGCUCUGAAACUAGAAGGAAAACUAUGCUUCCCUUUCACGUGAAAUUAACCCUUCUCAAUGGAAAUGUAAAGCAGAAACUCUUGAGAAAGAGGCUAAAAGCAUCUGUACUUAUUUCCCCAGAGACUUUUUUUAUGAAAAGUCAAUAAUUAAGCAAAUUGCUUAACACUUGGUUCCAGUUCCUGCAUUCUGGAGUUUAAAAGUGUAUUUACACCAUUAAUUUUCAUGCUGCAUUUUUUUUUAAGGAAAGUCAGAGGAGGUCCUUACACUGACAUUGAAAAUUCGUGAUCCUAGAGCCAGGUAUUCCCAUGUUUCACAGAAAAAGUAGAAGUCUACUGAAUGGAUUUUAAACAAGACUAGAGGAGAAAAAAAAAAAAAUCACAAAAAAUUUUUUUUGCUUUACUUUUGGAGACUGUUUUAUGUAUAAUUCUUUCUGCCUGCCUACUUUUCUGCAAAAAUAAGAUGUACAGAUUUCAGUUCCCUGCUAUGAAAAGUCAUGUGGUGGCAAUUUUAUAAAUGUUGCUUUCUGAUUUUUAUCAGAGUGGGAAAGUAAUCACUUAAAAUUAUUAUUAAUUCGCAAGUAGACAUUUCAUUUUUUAAUUUUCCCUCCACUUUAGUUUAAUAUAAUUUGCAAUAAAUGUACAUAUUGAUGUUUGUUUUAUAAAAACAUAUAUCACUUUUAAGUGUUUUUACUCCUGCAGUUCUGUUGGAAUAUUCUAAAUUUUAAAGGAGUAAAGACAGUCCAGCAUUUGAUUUUAUAAUGUUUGUCACCAGAUUUUUAUUAUUGAUGUAAAGAAAAAAAAAAUCAAUUUUUAAAAAUAGUUGGACUUUGGCAGCUUUGUAAGGAAAGUUGGAAAUGUUUAGGAUUGCUCUCAAUUUUAAGCAUUGUGCUGAUUGGAAGUAAGUCUGUUUUGCAUUUUGUCUUCCUGUCCAGGCUCAUUUUUUAAUGUUUAUUUUAGAAGAUUGUUGCAUCAAUAUUAUGUUUCCUGGCAUUGUUCAGCAUAGAUACAGUGUACACUUUUAUGUACACAUGAUCAUAUUUAAGUUUGUUGCAUAAAAUAAACGCUUCUAGGUGUCA